AUGAGUUGUAUCAAACAAUCUCUGGGAAUGGAUACUGUAAGCUCUGUUUUAUUUUUUAGGUCACGCAAUUUUAAGUGUGUUUUUUUAGAAGUGCUAAAAAAUAAAAGUAAAAAGAAAUAUUUUCGUAAACGAAUUUUCAAAAAAUGUAAUCAAGCAUUUGCUUUAGGUCCGAUACUGUGACGGCGUGGGUACCUCCUCGAUCUGCCAGACCUACCGUAUCUUCGAUUCCUGCCAGUCGAUCCCCUCCCUCGGCCAUAUUUGUUGUUGCUCAGACCAAUUAUGUAACUCCUCUCCUGUCCACUCAUUGCCUUUCGCUUUACUUUUGUUCAUAUUGCUAAGGCUCUUCGUCUAA